AUGCCUCCCAAGGGUGCCUCCACGGCCGUCAACCCGAUCAGACUACAAACGGUCUCACGGUUAAAGAUCAGAAAUCCAGAUAAACAGGAACCCAAUCCUUGUCUCGGCCCUAUGAGCGCAAUGCUGAAUUGCUGGGCAGCCGGCGCAGCCUCCGGAGGCUGCGGCCAUCUUGAGAAAGCUCUACGAGAUUGCAUGGAUGCACCUAGCCCUCCACCGAAGGCGAAAUCCACGAUCAACUACCAUCUGGGUCGCUUGUACCCGAACAUUUCAGGACCGAAGAAGAAGACGUGA